AUGGAGGAGGGUAAUUCGUUUGGAAUAGUGAGAAAAGGUGCAUGGGCUAAAGACGAAGACGAUCGUCUCAGGCACUUCGUUCAACAAAAUGGAGAAGGAAAAUGGCACCAGGCUCCUCUCAAAGUAGAUUUAAACAGAUGCAGGAAAAGCUGCAGACAGAGGUGGUUAAACUACUUGAAGCCAAGUAUCAAGAGAGGAAACUUUAGAGAGGAUGAAAUAGAUCUAAUGAUCAGGCUUCGGAUGCUCUUAGGAAACAGGUGGUCGUUGAUUGCUGGAAGACUUCCAGGAAGAACAGCAAAUGAUGUGAAAAAUUACUGGAGUACUCGAUUAACGAAGAAGUUAUCUUCUGGUGACAGGGAAAAAGAUCAGAAACCCUUACAACAAAUACAAGUAGAAGCAAUAAAGACCGUCAUAAUACGACCUCGACCACGAACCUUCUCCAAAAACUUGAAUGUUUGGGCCGUAAAAGAGCCGUCGCCAAUGCCAUCUUCAUCGACGCCUACGGAAAUUAAUGGAAAUACGGAAACCUCGUUAAGUGAUAAUAAUAAAGACAGAAGUAGUGUUGAAAGAGCACUAUUAUGUUAUGGUUUGCAGUUAGAGAAGGAACAUGAUCUCUUCACAAGCUUCUGGGAUGAAGAAUAUGAUCUUAUGGCAGAUACGACGACGACAACAGCAACAACAAUAGGUGUCAAUUGUAGUAGUACUCAACAAGAAGGAGGCUUGAUGAGUAGGAAUCACUACUUCUCCUCCUUUGAUGAUAUGGAUAUUUGGAAUAACUUAAAAGCAUGUAUUUGA